AUGUUGAAGGACAACCAGGUGGCUGUCACUGUGCUGGGUUCCAGUCAGAUUGUAACAGUACAAGUCAACCCUGACCUGAUGCUGCUGUCAACCAUCAAAACCAGCAAACAGUACUGGGGUAUAACGUCUCUGACACCAUCAACACUAGCAGCAAGUUCCAGCUCCCCUCCCUGUGUUGAUAUCCUGGAUAUGGCGGGACACGUGCUGAAGUCAAUUUGUCCAGGACAACCUAGUAGAUGCAUCUUGAAGUAUCCCUACUUCCUCUGUACCACGAGGACAGGAAACAUCCUGGUGUGUGACACGGGAUCCAUGUGUGUUGUGUGUCUGACUCCCGAGGGAGAUGUGGUGUUCAACUACAGCCCUACAGGAGACACAUCACUGAAGUAUCCACUUGGUAUCACCAGCACCAGCACAGGCGACAUCCUGGUGACAGACUACCAUCUACACAGAGUCCUCCAUCUGACUGAGUCAGGACAGUUUGUUAGAAACAUGCUGACAUCACAGGAUGGUGUCCAGAGUCCAUGUGGAGUAUGUGUUGGUGGGCGUGGCUGUAUGUACGUGUGUACACCAGAUAGCGUGAAGGUAUUUACAUGCUGUAAGUGAGUGAACAUGUCACAAGUCUCCUUUCAAUAAACUAUAGUCACGUCUUUGUUGGGGGAUUUAUGUGCAGUGAUAUGUGUCAUUGUGUAUUUAACUGUAAGCACAUUUCACUGUAUUUGGUAAAAUCACAUUCUACAUUUGCGUUGAAUGAAUUGUGAAUGAAGAUUUAACUUGUGUAAACAUUUUAUGUGUUAUCUGAGUAGCAAGACAUGGCUUUUCGUGUACUGCUCGUAUCACUAUAAUCUAUUUUGAGCAUUGUCUAAUUUAAUGUAUUAUGAACUUCGAAUAAAAGUGGAUUCAUUAUUUCUGAAUACCAGAUCGUC